AUGGAGAAACUUAAGAGCCUUAAAGAAGCAAAUGAAAACGACAAAAAUAAUCCAAAUGAAUUGCUUAAAAAUCUUUGCACUGGCCUCGAAAAAUUCCUCGGCUUCAACAAAGAUUCAAAAGGCUACGACGGCAGUGGUAUUGUGUACUCGGAUCUGGACAGGCUGUCUGACGGGGUGAUGGGAUUUUUGAGUGGUGUUCUCAGCAACAUCAAAGACCAUUUAGGGCAGCAUAAAACACAAAUUAAUGAAGCUAUUGAAGUACUUAAGCAAAAUAAACACGCCGGUAAAAACGGUUUUAAUGAUGCGAUUGGACAGGUGGUCGAAGGGGUGGGGAGGUAUAAUACUGCCGUCUCAGUGUCUAAUAAUCUCGUCAAACAAGAAGUAAAAAAACUCAAUGAUAAGGUAAGUGAUGCAUUUUUGAAAAGCGUAGAUAAUGUUUUAGCAGAGAUGAGAGAUAAGCAGAAUAAUCUGAUACCGUACCAAGAUAAGCAAGUCGAGCAGGCUGUCGGACAGAUUGAUGCCAAGUUGGAAGAGUGCAAAAAAAAUGCUACAGCAUUUAUUAAUAUCACAGACACUGAACGUAGCGUGAUUAAAACAUCAAUUAAUGACUUAAAUAGCGAUUUGAAACAUAAGCUUGAGAACGUGCGUAGGACAGUUGAGUAUGAGAGCGAGCGGCUGGGGAGGGUGAAGGAGCAGGAAAGCAAGGAGUUGAAAAAGACUAUUGAGAAGAUUGGUGAAGUGAUGCGCACUUUGAAAGUGGAUGUGGAUUGUAAAAUCGGUGAGGAUGUGAGAGCGUUUGUAAGUGCGUUGAAAAAGAAAGUUACGCCUAUUAAGGAAAGUUUGACUGAUGCUAAUAGCAGACUUGCAAAGUACGUUUUCAGCUUGGAACAGUGGAUUGUUAAUGCGGAAAAAAUUAUGAGCGAUGCAGAAAAACAGGUUAACAUAAUAUUGUCGCAGAUUGAAGAAAAUAAUCCGCACAAAAUUCCUAAACAGAUCAACGAGGCGGCGGAGCAGAUUGGGUUAGCUGCGCAUCAGCUUUUUGAUGUUGGUAAUGCUGCGACGGAUAAGGUGGGAGAGGAAGUUAAACAGGCGUUAGAAGCCUUAAAGACAAUGAACAAUGCGCUUAAGUAUGAUCUAGGCAAUGUGAAACAUGAAUUACAAACCAAGGUCAAUGAUGUAGUCGAGGCUAUUGUGUCGCUUGGGAGACAGUUUAACGACGGUAGCUCUGUGCUCGGCCGCGAUACGAGCGAUUCAGCCGCCGCAUACGUAGACAAAAAAAUCAAACAGGUAACAGACAUGCUCGAGGAGCGUCUACGGUGGGAUGAUACGAGUAGUUCACGAUUCCCAGGUUUGGGAAAUGGAGAGGUGAAACUUGAAAAACUAUCGAUGUAUAAUAAGCACGUUAAACAGAAUGACUUAUCGACCGAUAAGCCGCUUGAAGGUCUCCUUCCAGAUGCCAUCAAGAAUAUUCAAACCCAGGUGGAAAAUGCUAUGCAAGCUGCCGCAGAUCCAUUCAGCGGAAUUCAAUCGCUCAGCUCUAAGAUCACCUACAACCUCCAAGCAUUGUGUGACGCAAUCAGGAAAGCUGCCGACACCGAUAAGGAAAGCGUUAAGAAGAAAUUGACCGAGUUGAAGGAAAUUUACUUCGCCAACUAUGAUCCUGAGAAACCUAAGGAGGGCACGAAUAGCAUUAAGAAAAUACAAUAUGAUCUCGAAAAAUUACGUGAUCCCGUGUCUGAGGCCCUCAAAGGCGCCACCGACCUACUUGACUCAUACUUAGCCAAAGCCGAUGAACACUACACUCAACUAAUUUCAGACCACGUCAAAAAGGACAUCCAAAAAGCCACCGACAAACUCACCACCCACGCCCGCAAAACGUACGUCGAGUCCAUCAAAUUCCUGCUCACGGAGUUUGCCGGCAAGGUGAGGACUGAGUUAAGGGAUCUGCCCAGGGAAAUUGGUGCGGACUUGAAGAUUGGAUUUAAAGGGUUCAUGAAAGACUUCCACGUUCCUCUGACUAAUGAUUUGAGCAGCAAUGAUUAUACUGUUCAUAAGUUAUCAUACGCCUUUAAGCUCUGUUUCGGGCCAUGGCAAAUGCUGCUGGAACGUGAGAUCGACAGAGUGGAUAAGGAGGAAAGGAAAAGAAAGAAUCGCGCGCCGACAGUUUCUGAGGUUACGUACACUAAAAAGCUUAAAUCUGUUUUCGGCGCACUCGAUGACGUGCUCAUGCACUUCACCGGCAAGAAUGGGUACGACCACGAGACGCACGGAAAGCUUGACAAGCUCGAAGCUGAGAUCGUUGGACUUAAACCAGAAACUUUCGCCAAGCCGAACACCGCCAUCCUCGACAGCAUCGCCGCGGGACUCACCAAAUUUGUUAGUGAGAUGAGAAGCGUCUAUGUAUCAAAGUAUGAUCGUGCGUUGCUUACCGAUGAUUUGACGACUAACCAUCGGAUUAAAGUCACAAGCGAAAAAUCUGAGGAUACGUAUGAUUUAACAGCGUACGGCAAGAAGUGUUCGAAGGUGUGUCUCACCGUGUUUUCGAUUCUUUUUAAUGCUUUGGUCGAGAUGAGGACAGUAUGCGGUCAGGUUGGGAAUGUCAAGAGAAUCUAUGCGUCAACCAGCGACAAAAAGAAUCCGCUCGGUGAUUUCUUCAAGUCGAAUGGUUACGAUGUUGCCACUGACUCUUUGAAGCAGGACGGUGAAUUGCGUAACCAUGGGGAGUGUAGGAGCCAUAACCUCUUGGAGCUGCUUGUUGCUCCAUUUCCUGUAUUUGAUAAGCGAUCGUCGCAGGAUCACUCCGGAUUACUUAAGGAUCUAUUCGACUACCUCCACCUUUACUACCAAGUCUGCCACCUUUCCACCACCACGUCGAGGAAGCACCCGUCCUCCAUCUACGAUAUGCUGUGCUGGCUUGCCGGACUAACGUAUAGUACCGUGCACCAAGAAUUGACACUUCAUGGUUUCGAUAAGCUAUUCAAGAAGCCUGAAAAGGUACCCGCACCAGGCGAUGACCAAAAGGCUGUCACUGUCGUAACGGAAAAUGAUGAUAACCUGGACAGCGACGUCCCUCUCCGUGUUGAGGCGGAAGGUUCCUUAGAUGCCUAUCCAAAAGCAAUCACACCGUCAAUGUUAACCGACAUCCUUCCUGAAGUGUGCACCUAUUCCGAAAUUGUUCUGAUCGCGUUGCUGGGUCACGGUCACGGUGACGGGAUUUACGCCUGCGACUUCAACACCAACCCGCAAGGCUUCCAGUAUCCCACCAACAUGGACACCUUAGUGUGUAUGCUAUGCGAAAUCGUAAACCGCCUGUACAACCAACUGUAUUUCCUGUUAGAUCAGUGCAAACGUUCAACUUCGAUGAGUGGCUGGCGUGAGUGCGAAUAUGGUCAAGGCGUCGGUGGCUCGGGUUGGCGGUGCAAUGACCUAAGCUGCGGCGAUUGCAACAGCGCCGAGAAAUGCAAAAGGCACCCAAGGUGCGGCGUAAAAUCACCUCUACAAUCUUACUUAGAGGACGGGUUACGGGGCUUCCUACCGCAUAACCUAGAUGGGAACUCCGGCAAACUCAACUGCCCGGUCAAAAGCCAUACCGACGGGCCAUGUACAACGCCCAUGGGCUUCAAUGAUAUAUCAACCGUGGCAUCGCACAGGUACACUGGCAGGCAUAUUAGAGAUGUGCUUGCUGCGUUCUGCGGCACUGCGUCAUCUCCCCUCACUGCCCUGUGCUCUAUGCUCCGUUGUGUGCUGCCCAGUGCUCCCAAAACAUUUGAUCAGAUGUUCGCAUUCUUCCAAUGUUUGCUUGUCGACUGGAAUGAUCAGAGAUUUAAAUCACGUAUAACGCACAGAGAAGAGGCGUUCAACAGUGCCGUCAUUGCUGCAAAUUUUGAAAAUCCCAGUACCCAGCUGGAAAUCGCGCCCAUGUUUGGAACUACAAGCCACAAAUUCGGUAAGCAUGCUGAUGGUGCUCUCUACUCCCUGUUAAGCUGUAAUCCGAGUUCCAACUCAUCUCACGUCUGUGGUCCUUACAUGAAGCCUAUAUGCUCCGAAGUCAGCACAACGUUCACCGUGAAGCACGCCGAUCGGUAUCUGUCAUCCGUCCUGUAUCUGACAGAAUCAUUCUAUAAUGUGCUUCAGCAAUUGUUUGAGGAGUGCAAUAGCAAGUGUGGCAAACCGGGGACUAGAUGCAGUACGCAGAGCUGCGCAAAGGGCUGUGAAAGGCAACAGAUAAAAAAAAGAAGUGCCGACCCGAGUCACGAUCACGCCUGCAUUUCUGUUGUUAGCUGCCAGUCGACGCUACCCAUAUUGUACAAGUAUGGCUUUAUAUUCAACGACGCAGAAUCGCUAAAUGGAGCCAAGCGUAUCAACACCAAAAGGACGUGCGUUGAAUUUUGCAAGACAUUAGGGAAUGUUGUCAAACAAGGAAGCGUGCUCUACAACCUUGUGCAUAGAACAAUUCCAGAAUUUCUAUUCACCAUCCGCGCCCCCUUCAUCUGGCUCAACGUCGCCCUCUGGCUCCUCUCUCUCCUCUACCUCACCAACAUCAUGGUCAUCCGCCUCGACCUGCUCCACAUCAAAUCGCAUUUGCAUAGUCCCUCAUCUCAUCGUAUAGCUGCUCAAUCACUCCUUGCCGCUGGACGUGUUAACAAGCUUAACAGAGUGUUUUAUCUGCAACCAUAA